ACGGCGCGAGCGCCCGGCCGGCUCCCUCGGCGCGUCCUUCACGUCCCGGCCUCCGUCCCUUUCGGUCUAACGCUCCUCGGCCCCGCCCGAGCCCACCGUAUUCUUUCCAGCUCGAUCCCGGCUGCCGGUUUCCCCCGCCGCCAUGAUGAUGAUGGCAUUGAGCAAGACCUUCGGGCAGAAGCCCGUCAAGUUCCAGCUGGAGGACGACGGCGAGUUCUAUAUGAUCGGCUCCGAGGUGGGAAACUACCUCCGUAUGUUCCGAGGUUCUCUGUACAAGAGAUACCCCUCGCUCUGGAGGCGACUAGCCACUGUGGAAGAGAGGAAGAAAAUAGUUGCAUCGUCACAUGGUAAAAAAACAAAACCUAACACUAAGGACCACGGAUACACCACCCUUGCCACCAGUGUGACGCUGCUGAAAGCCUCAGAGGUAGAAGAGAUUUUGGAUGGCAAUGAUGAGAAAUACAAGGCUGUGUCCAUCAGCACGGAGCCCCCCACCUACCUCAGGGAACAGAAGGCCAAGAGGAACAGCCAGUGGGUCCCCACCUUGCCCAACAGCUCCCACCAUCUGGACGCUGUGCCCUGUUCCACCACCAUCAACAGGAACCGCAUGGGCCGGGACAAGAAGAGGACCUUCCCCUUGUGCUUUGAUGACCAUGAUCCAGCUGUGAUCCAUGAGAAUGCAUCACAGCCUGAGGUGCUGGUACCCAUCCGGCUAGACAUGGAGAUAGAUGGGCAGAAGCUGCGGGAUGCUUUUACCUGGAACAUGAAUGAGAAGCUAAUGACCCCUGAGAUGUUUUCAGAGAUCCUUUGUGAUGACCUGGAUUUGAAUCCACUGACUUUUGUGCCUGCCAUUGCCUCUGCCAUAAGACAGCAGAUUGAGUCCUAUCCCACAGACAGCAUCCUGGAGGACCAGUCUGACCAGCGCGUCAUCAUCAAGCUGAACAUCCAUGUGGGAAACAUUUCCCUGGUGGAUCAGUUUGAAUGGGACAUGUCAGAGAAGGAGAACUCCCCUGAGAAGUUUGCCCUGAAGCUGUGCUCGGAGCUGGGUCUGGGCGGGGAGUUUGUCACCACCAUUGCAUACAGCAUCCGGGGACAGCUGAGCUGGCACCAGAAGACCUACGCCUUCAGUGAGAACCCACUUCCCACGGUGGAGAUUGCCAUCCGAAAUACUGGAGAUGCUGACCAGUGGUGCCCCCUGCUGGAGACGCUGACCGAUGCUGAGAUGGAGAAGAAGAUCCGGGAUCAAGACAGGAACACAAGGCGAAUGAGGCGUCUCGCCAACACUGCCCCAGCCUGGUGAUGAAGCCACCAUCCAUGCUCAACUUGCACAGAGCAUCUCAAAAGACUGCUUUUCCUUCCUCUGUGGUGAAGAGAAAGGCAAAGGGACAGCUGGUGCCAUCCUGAGGAAUGGGGUAGGAGCUCCUGGGUGCCUUCCUUCAGCACACAUUCCAUUUGCUAAACCCCAACACUGUCCUCCAGAGUCUAGAGUCAGGAAGCAGCCUAACUUGGGUUAUGUUUUGUUUUUGUAUAGGAGCCCCCAGGCAGGGCUAGUAACUCUUUUUAAAUAAAAAGUAAUAUUCGGUUUCUCUGGUGUAAAAGCAUAAAAAUGAGAGCC